AUGAGCUCAUCAAGUGACGAGGACAUUAGAAUCGGCCCCACAAUCCAAGGAAGCAACAAAAUGACCCCAGAAAUCGAGCAGCUCCUAGGCCAAGCAAACCAAUACUUCGUCUUUCACCAAUUUGACGAGGCUUACGCAAUCUUAAAAGACGUCAUUACCAAAGCCCCAUGUCUUCCAGACCCAUACCACGUCUUAGGCCUAAUUCACGAAGAAAGACGAGAGCACGACAAAGCUGUCAACUUUUUCAUGCUGGCUGCCCAAAUGACUCAGCACGACAGUGAACUCUGGAGUAAAGUCGCCCACAUGCACAAAGAUUUUGGCCACUUUAAAGAAGCUGUCUAUUGCUUUUCAAGGGCUCUUCAGAACAAAAAAGGUCCUGACAUCGAGCUUAUGAAAGAAAAGUAAGCCAUAUUUAGAGCUGUCUGCUAUGAAAAAAUCGGAGACUAUCGAAAAGCAGGGAAAACCUAUUUCAAGAUCCUCCAAGUUUCUGAUCCAUGCGAUCCUACAGUUGCAAAAGCACUUGUAGAAGUCUACAACAUUUUGGCUCAGCCUUCCAAAGCAAUUAGCAGCUUGCAAGAAAUCCUUGAAGAGAAAUAUGACCCGAACUUAGUUAAUUUGCUUUGUGAUUUGCAUAUUCAAAUUUCCAACUACCAGUUUUGUAUAGACUAUCUUGAUAAAUUUUCAGACCAAGAGUUCCCGAUUGAUAUACAGACAAAGCUUGGCUACUGCUUGGCGAGGGUUGGGAGGGUUCAAGAAGCUGAUUUCUGCUUUGAAAAACUAUUAGAGCAGUCUGUGAAGCACUUCCCAGACCUUUAUUAUUUAAUCGGCUGUCUUUAUCAAGAUUUAGGAUUUCCUGAAAAGAGCUUGCAGUUUCUAGAGCAGCUUAGACAAGUAGACAGCUAUGACAAGCCAAUUCUCUGGCUUGCCUGUGGGAAGCUUUAUAAGGAGGUAAAAAAUAUGUAGAUUGAAGAUUAUUCGUCUGCUGAGGAUGCAUUGAAUUUGGUGCUGUCCAGCAAUGAAGUAGGCUUACAUAUAGAAGCAAGAGUCUGCCUAUCAAAAAUUUACAAAACCAAAGGUGAAAUAGAGAGGUCAAUGGAAAUCCUGCAGACCACUGAUAUCCCAUAUAUCGACACUUCAGAGCUGACGAGCGGCUUUUUGGACUCUUUUAUUGCUAAGGCAAAGCUGAAAAUAGAAGAGGCGUUUAUCCAAAUUCAAAUCCCAGCCACUCUUCAGUUUAUGCAUCAGAUGAUUGAUAUCCAGCUCAAACUUGAGAUUUCUAAUAAAACUGGGAUCAUAAGUGAGAUAGGGGAAGAAGUCUUUGUGAGACUCAUUGAAAAAAUAAUUUCAGACCUUGAAAGUGAAGAAAGUUUCUAUAAGGAAUUAAAAGAACUCAUAAAUAGGCUGCUGAAGCUAGAGAUGUAUAGAAAAGAUAGAAGGUUGAGGAUGAAAAAAACUUUAGCGAAAAUAUGCAUAAAAGAUCAAGAUUAUGAGCAAGCUAUUAGUGCAUAUAAAUUCAUAUGCGAAAAAGAAGAUAGAGGGAAUAACUGGGCUGUUCUUUCAUGCUUGCUUAAAAAGUCAAGUUCAACACAGUUGAGAACGUGGCUAAGCAAAUUAAAUGCAAAGUUCCCGGAUCAUUAUGCAGUUCAUAUGCUAUUAGGCAACAAUUAUUUGCAGACAGGAUAUUUUUCACAUGCCAUAAAGCAGUAUAGUUAUCUGUAUGCUCAAGAUCCUGAAUCCCCUUUCCAUGAGCAAGCAACUAUCGAAAAAAUAAGUUAAUAAUUUUUAGAAAUAUAUUUUAUAUAUAAGUAAUAUUUAUUAUACGAAUUCUCGAGCUACUUCUUUUAUAUUUGCAUUCUAAACAUAAAUUUUAUAAUAAAUUUACUUUUUCUUUAACAUUUGAAAAGAUUAGCCCCUCUCUAAGAGAGCAAAAUAGUUCUACUGGCUCGUGAGGGUUGGAGUGAUUAGAUUAAGAUUAAAGGGCUUAAAUUCUUCUAGAUUUGAUGCCUCUGCACGAUGCGACUUCCGGAACCUGCUUGUCGGAGAACUCGACAGCAGUCUACUCAUGGAGCCUGGGGCUUGCACCGAUGUCCUGAGCUUUGACGAUUAGGGAGACUCGUCUUACUUCGCGUCUUGCGAUUGUUAUUAAGGAAAGGUCAGAUCGAUGUAUCCUGUCAGCCACCUUGAGGAAGGGUGGCACCCAGGAAAAAUGAAGGAGAAGAUCAGUAGCCUAAAAAAACUAUCUGGAUAACUAAUACCUGGAUUGGAAUGGCCGCCAGCUGACUCCGAAAGCUUACCCAUCCCAUAGGGCAGCGAUUGUUUAUACUAAGGGUUAGGAUUAAGGACCUGAAUCUUAGUUUAUGUUUCAAACCAUUUUGGCGCCCAAAGUGUUUCAUCGCCACCACCAUAUUAAUUAUGGGUAGAAGUGAGGACUCAUUAGUUAAUCUAAACCUUGGCUUGUGCUACUUGUUUUCCUUAUCCUCAAGAAACCUACAAAAGAAAGAAGAUUACUAUGAAAAAGCCAUGCAAUACUUAAAAAACUACUCAAGAAUAAGGAAAAAAACUGACUAUGCAGAGGCUAACUAUAACAUCGGCAGAGCUUUCCAACACAUCAAUUUUCUCACAAGAGCCACACAUUACUAUGAAAAAGUCCUCAUGUCAUAUUCCAGGAACUUAAGCUACGGCUUAUCCCUCACCAAGAAAACAGAAAAAUACAGCAAUCUGAGUGCGAGAAAUCUCUAUGAAAUCAGAAAGCUGCUAAAAGACGACGAAGGGGCUCAGCAAAUAUACGAGAAUUGGCUAGAAAAGUAA